AUGGAUCCAAACGAUGAACCCGAGGAAGAUGGUGCUAACGUUGACCUCGAUGCAGUUCGAAAAGGAAAAUGUGCCGUCAUUAAAACUUCAACUCGACAGACAAUUUUUUUGCCUCUAAUCGGUCUCGUUGAUCCAGCUACUUUAAAACCAGGAGACUUAAUCGGUGUAAACAAAGACAGCUAUUUAGUUUUAGAUACAUUACCCGCCGAAUAUGAUUCACGUGUUAAAGCAAUGGAAGUCGAUGAGAAACCGACUGAAGACUAUAAUGAUAUUGGUGGCUUAGAUAAACAGAUCGAAGAAUUGGUGGAGGCAAUCGUAUUGCCAAUGACACAUGCCGAGAGGUUCAAAAAUUUGGGUAUUAAACCACCAAAAGGAGUAUUAAUGUAUGGGCCACCUGGUACCGGAAAAACAUUACUGGCAAGGGCUUGUGCGGCCCAAACUCAAUCCACAUAUUUAAAGUUGGCUGGGCCACAACUUGUUCAGAUGUUUAUUGGUGAUGGUGCCAAACUUGUUCGGGACGCAUUCAACUUGGCUAAAGAGAAAGCGCCCGCUAUUAUUUUCAUAGAUGAAUUGGACGCCAUAGGUACAAAACGUUUCGACAGUGAAAAAAGUGGUGAUCGUGAAGUACAAAGAACUAUGUUGGAAUUAUUGAAUCAACUUGACGGUUUUAGUAGUGAUGAAAGGAUAAAAGUAAUUGCCGCUACAAAUCGUAUUGACAUCCUGGAUCCAGCGCUUUUACGGUCGGGACGUCUUGAUCGAAAGAUAGAAUUUCCACUUCCAAAUGAAGAAGCGCGUGCACGUAUCCUUCAAAUUCAUUCGCGUAAAAUGACUAUUAGCUCAGAAGUCAAUUAUGAAGAAUUGGCACGUUGUUGUGAUGAAUUCAAUGGAGCUCAAUGUAAAGCAGUCUGCGUGGAAGCCGGUAUGUUGGCUUUGAGGAGAGGAGCAACCGAGUUGAGUCAUGAAGAUUUCAUGGAUGGUAUUCAAGAAGUGAUGGCAAAGAAGAAGACAUCUUUACAAUAUUAUGCUUAA